GUUGCCUAUCCUGACUGUUGCCCAGUCUUGAUCAUCUCAGAAGCUUCACUGGAAGAUCUAAAUGGCAGGCUGGAGAAGAAAGUUAAGAUACAGAACUUCAGGCCAAAUAUUCUUGUGACAGAUUGCAGUGCUUUUGAGGAGGAUGCCUGGGAGGACAUUCUUAUUGGUGAUGUGGAGUUGAAAGGGACAGUGUGCUGUGCCAGGUGUAUUUUAACAACUGUUAACCCAGACACUGGGGUCCUGGACAGGAAGGAGCCCCUGGAAACUUUGAAAAGUUACCGCUUAUGUGAUCCGUCUGAGCGACACUUAUACAAAUCCAGUCCUCUCUUUGGAAGAUACUUCGCUGUUGACAAAACAGGAAUGAUUCGAGUUGGAGACCCUGUGUACAGGAUGGUCCAGUAA